AUGCAGUCUAGGAAUGAUCCCGACAGUGGCCUAUGUCCGUCGAUCGACAUGUUGCCAGAGUGUUCAUCCAUGCAAGUUCGGAACGCCUUGAUAUCGGUUUCGCAAGCUUGCGGUUGGCCCCAGCUGCUGCUGGUGUUGCUCUGGUACAAACUGUUGUCCAUGGGUGCCGCAUUGGCAGGAGGGGCCUGGGCGGAUUCUGCGGGCGCGCUGGACGAUCCGCCAGUGAAGAAGCCGCCGACGGCAUGGCCGAUCGAGGAGCCUACUGCGACACCACUACAGAGAGAAAAGACGCACGGUUAG